AAAAGAAAAGUGAGAGAAAGAGAGAGAGGUCGAGAGAGAGAGAGCAGUAGCUGGCUGUGAGAGCUUUAACUCUCAUUCUGUGUCUGUGUCUCAGUCUGCUCUGAUCUGAUCACACGCGUCGCUCUCAGGCGGAGGACAUGAUGAUGAUGAUGAUGAAGAUGAUGAUGAUGCUCCUCACCAUCGCUCCGCUCGCGCAGGGGGUCCCAGGGUUCCAGGUGCGUCUGGUGGGCGGCAGGAACAGAUUCGAGGGCCGGCUGGAGGUGCUGUAUAACGGUGCGUGGGGAACUGUGUGUGACGACGAGGUCAACAUCAAUCUGGCCAAUGUGGUGUGUCGCGAACUGGGCUUUUCUCGUGGACUCACCUGGGCUCACAGCGCCAAGUUCGGCGAGGGCCGCGGUCAAAUCUGGAUGGAUAACGUCCGGUGUUCGGGAGGCGAGAGCUCUCUGUCCGAGUGUCGGUCGAACGGCUGGGGUGUGAGCGACUGCACUCAUGCUGAAGAUCUGGGGGUCAUCUGCAGUCCAGAUCCACCCACCCAUGGUCACGUCCCCCGUUACGCAGAACCCCCUUCACCUCUGAUCUCUAACGUGGUCUCGAACACUCCUCUGCGUGGGCAUGAGAUCGGUCUCCACCGUGGGGCCCGGGGCCCGUCCUCACCUCACCUCAAUGGUCAUCGCAUCCAUCUGCGCAGGAACGGGUUCGAGAGCGCCGUCACCCCACGGGGACACCGGAUCCCAGACUUCCUGCGCAGCAGAGCCUCCUACAGGAGAGCACCGGAAGUGACGCCUACUCCGACCACCAGAAGCCCUGAGAGACCAGCACCAGCGCCAGAGCCGGUUUACAGUCCUGAACCAGCACCAGAGCCGAUUUACAGUCCUGAGCCGGUCUAUCCCCAUGUGGAGCACAGCAACAGGAUGGAUCUGGACUUCACUGACAUGGACGAACAGCCGUCUGGGUCGCUCCAGCUGGACGAGGUGCGUCUCCGACCCGUCCUGACCAACACUCGGAGUGCUGCCAUGGUAACGGAGGGGGUGCUUGAGGUGAGGCAUGCUGGGAAAUGGAGGCAGGUGUGUAGUCUGGGCUGGGAUCUGAGCGGCAGUCGUGUGGUGUGUGGCAUGCUGGGAUUCCCAUCUGCGGAGCAGCAUGACACACGCGUGUACCGGAAACUGUGGGACUCAAAGAUGGAGGAUCCAACCACAAGGUCUGCGGUCAGUAAGAAGGCGUUCUGGGUCGAGAGGGUUCAGUGUUCGGGUUCGGAGGUGUCUCUGGCACAGUGUCGAGCGCAGCUCUCCGUCCCGCGGCACGACGUUCCCUGCUCCGGAGGGAUGCACGCAGUGGUGCGCUGUGUUCCUGGUGCUCAGUUCUCCAGAAGCUCCGCCUCCAGACCCCCGCAGGCUCCGCCCCCUCUGAACGCGGCGGUGCGUCUGAAGGCCGGUGCACGGCUGGGCGAGGGCAGGGUGGAGGUGCUCCGCGAGGGGAAGUGGGGGACCGUGUGUGACCAUCUGUGGGAUCUGACCACGGCCAGCGUGGUGUGCAGAGAGCUGGGCUUCGGCUCGGCCAGAGACGCCCCACGAGGAGCGCUCAUGGGUCAAGGUACGGGUCCGAUCCACAUGAACGCGGUGCAGUGUUCAGGCCAGGAGAGCUCCAUCACACAGUGCCGCUUCCAGGAGGUGCCGCUGCACUCAUGCAAACACUCCCAGGAUGCAUCUGUCCGCUGCAACGUCCCCAACACCGGCCUGAGCGCAACCGUGCGUCUGGCGGGGGGGCGGGAGGCGGCGGAGGGCCGGGUGGAGGUGCUGAUGGAGGUGAACGGUCAGCAGCGCUGGGGCUCCGUCUGCAGUGAGAACUGGGGCAUUAAUGAAGCCAUGGUGGUGUGUCGACAGCUCGGCUUCGGCUUCGCUUCCAGAGCCCAUCAGGAGACCUGGUUCUGGCCCAGCAGCUCCGGGUCCGAGGACGUGCUUCUGAGCGGAACACACUGCAUCGGCACAGAGAUCUCCAUCCAGCAGUGCAACAGGAACGGACAGGUGUACUGCCCACGAGGGGGCGGAGCCAGAGCCGCCGGAGUCACCUGUGCAGAUGCGGCUCCGGAUCUAGUGAUCGACGCGCAGCUGGUGCAGGAGUCUGCGUAUCUGGAGGACCGUCCACUGCACCUGCUGACCUGCGCUCACGAGGAGAACUGUCUGUCGUCCUCCGCCGCACGCAUGGUCUGGCCCUACGGUCACCGCCGCCUGCUGCGCUUCUCCUCACGCAUCAUGAACCUCGGACGGGCCGACUUCAGACCGCGAGCCUCACGAGAGUCCUGGACCUGGCACCAGUGCCACCGACACUACCACAGCAUCGAGGUCUUCACACACUAUGACCUCCUGACCCUGAACGGCACAAAGGUGGCGGAGGGUCACAAGGCCAGCUUCUGUCUGGAGGACACGUACUGCCCUGAAGGCCUGACGAAACGCUACGCCUGCUAUAACAUGGGCGAGCAGGGCAUCACUGUGGGAUGCUGGGAUACGUACCGCCACGACAUCGACUGCCAGUGGGUGGACAUCACCGACGUCCGGCCCGGAGACUACAUCUUCCAGGUGGAAGUCAAUCCCUCGCUGGAUAUGGCCGAGUCUGACUUCCAGAAUAACGUGAUGCGCUGCCGCUGCCGUUACGACGGAGGACGAGUGUUUAUGUACAGCUGCCACACCGGAGACGCUUACAGCGCAGAGGCAGAGGACCUGUUUGAACACGUGCGUGAGAUCUCGAACAACUUCCUGUGAUGAAGCCGCUGCGCCGCAGGACUGACGCUGGAUUCGUCUGAUCGCCGCCGGAGGGGCGGGGUCUGCGUGUGGGGGUGGGGCUAGUGUGAUGAUUGACAGGCGGGCGUUUACAGUACAUUUGGGCCAGUAUUGAUGAAGCAGAAGAUCAGAAGGGAUUUCAUGAGUGUGAGCAGAUGCUUCUUGAUGAGGCUCAUAUAUUCAUCUUCUUCACUCCUGUGAGAGUGUUUAAAAACACCACUUUACAACAUUGAUUGAAGUAAACUUUCUUUCACCAGUGUCAUUCCUCCUGCUUGUUGUGCUCAUCAUUUUCAUAUUUUAUUUCUCACAAUGUUGUUGUUUUUUAAGUGUUGUUUAGUUUGGUUUGUUGGAGAGAAAACAUGUUUUUUCCUUUUUUUUUCAUUUUAAAAUCUCUCUGUAGAUCAGCGGUUCU